UACCCCAUUUUUUGAUUAUUCAUUCAGGAAGGAAAGGGACGGGUAGACUUGUAAUAAGCAGUUGUUAUCAAUUCAGUCUUUCUCAGAAAAUAGCAGUCGGUUUUGAGCAAUUUUUCACUGAAUGGUCCUUAAAUCGCAGACGGCCAGACCUGAGCGCUGAUAAUCAGUAAAAACACAGAAAAUACAACGGGGGAGUUGGGGGUCUGGUUAGGGGGACCCCACAAGAGCUUUGACACAUUUCGAACACAGCUGUUGGCAGUCACGCAUAUUAAACAUGGAAACUACUACUCCAGAUUUCGUAUACCCUGAUUUGGUGACUCCCUGCCCAAAAACCUUGCAGUAUAUAAACAGCACGGCUUUGGUCGCCGUCUACAUCAUAGUCUUCUGCCUGAGCUUGCCGGGGAACGCUGUGGUGAUCUUCGUGGUGAGCUGCAUGGAGAACCGCAGGACGUCCACCGACGUUUACCUGAUGCACCUGGCCAUCGCCGACCUCUUCUUCACCUUGACUCUGCCGUUCUGGGCCGUUUACAUUCACGCCCGCCAAUGGUUAUUCGGCACAUUUAUGUGCAAACUGAUUUCAGGCUUGCAGGAAGCCACGUUUUACUGCUGCGUGUUCCUGCUGGCAUGCAUUAGCGUCGAUCGCUACCUGGCCAUCGUGAAAGCGACCCAAUUCCUCACCCAGAAACGCCACCUGGUCGGUAUAGUGUGUGCACUGGUGUGGCUGUGUGCCUUUUUGUUGUCCAUGCCCAUCAUGGUGAACCGCGAGGCCUUCAUUUCUGGGUCUCUAGAGGGGUACAUAUGCGACGACAACUUGACCGCGGAAAGCAUCGAUAUCUGGAGGGUGAGUUUAAGGAUCCUCCACCACACUUUGGGAUUCUUCCUGCCGUUGGCCGUCAUGGUGUUCUGUUACGGUUUCACCAUGUGCACGCUUUGCCGCGCGCGCAACAGCCAAAAGCACAAGGCCAUGCGGGUCAUCCUGUCCGUCGUGUUGGCUUUCAUCGCCUGCUGGCUGCCCAAUAAUAUCCUGGAGGUCGUAGACACCCUGAUGCGGGGCGGACAGUUGAUGGAAACGUGCGAGCUGAGGGACGGCAUUGACGUGGCGUUGUACGUCACGCAGGUGCUGGCUUUUGCCCACUGUGCCAUAAACCCCAUUUUGUACGCCUUCAUUGGUAAGAAAUUCCGCAACCAGCUCCUGAUGUCUCUCUUUAAGAAAGGCCUGUUGGGAAGAGACACGAUGUCGAAAUAUCGAGUGGGAUCUGUUUAUAGCUCCGGAAGCACUAGGCAAAUGUCAGUGACUUUGUAGUCGACUCUUCUCAUUAUAUAACAACGAUGCAUAUUGUUCCUUUUUUGCUUUCAAGCAACAGUUUGGUCAGAAAUGCUGCUUUGUUACUGCCUUAUCAAUGCGGUAAAAACACAAUGACAGAAUUGUCAUUUUUAAAUGAACUGUUCCUUUAAGAAAAUUGCUUUCACUUAAGCCGAGUUCCGUUUUUUAUAGAUGUAAAAGAGCAGAUAAUAGCGUGUUUGUGUAGGGUUGACUUUCUGUAGCUUUUUUUUGAUGAUGAUAUCGAUCUGUGAGAGGUUUUUCUGCGGCUCGCGCUUCAAACGCGAUGUGUGCAUAUCAAAACGAUCUGUGAAAAACACUCUGCAGAGGUUUCCAAUUUGGACAGGAUUGAAAAAAGUUGAGAUUAAUUGAGGUUAAGAAUUUUUUUAUUAAUAUUAUUAUUAUUAUUAUUAUUUUGGGCUCAGUAAAAUUUUUUAUUUGAUCAAAAAUACAGUACAUAUUGUGCAACAUUACAACUAUAAAAAAAAAGUUAUUGUUUAAUCUGAUUUUUUCCUGUGAUUCAAAGCUGAAUUUUCAGCAUCAUCACCUCAGUCUUCAGAGUCACAUGAUCCAUCACAAAUCAUUUUAACAUUGAUUUGCUGCUCGUUUCAAUAGUUUUUGUCAUCAAAGAAUGUAUUUUUUCAUUGACCACAAACAUUUGAAAGCUAUUUUUGGGCUUAUUUUAAAAUAUUGUAAAAAGCUAAUGAAGUUUUGGGCUCAACUGUGUAAAUAAAGUUGCUUCA